AUGAAGCUUCUCCUUAUUAUUCUCGCCAUUCUUGUCUCAGCUUUUGCUCUCACCCCGCUGGAAAUGAAAGAUCGUAUGGCGUUUCAUGGUGAACCCAGUGAAGCUAUGAGCGAUGCUGCUUACAAUCGAUACCUACAAGAAGUUGCUGCUCAAAUUUAUUUCCGACACAACAGAGCUGCCGCAAACCUUCCAGCCUUUGAUGUUGGUCGAGGGCCAUACUUCUAA